AUGUCUGAUGUCGCUCCCUGUCCCACUGCUCGAUGUUGUCUGGAUGUAGCUGCUCUUAACGACCAUCUGUAUGCUAUCGGCGGCGUUAAGAGUGUUCGUGGAGGAUGCCUAGACAUUGUUGAACGUUACGACGUUCGGCGAAAUGAAUGGACCUCCGUGGCGCCUAUGGGCUCAUCUCGAUACUUCCAUUGUGUCUCCGUGUUAGAUGGUUGCCUCUACGCAGUAGGAGGGCGCAGCAGUAAGGGUGUUUUUCUCAAUACCGUAGAGAGGUGGGUCAGUUUCAAUCUGGUGACACUGUACUGCUUCAAGCAGAUUUUAUUAGCAUUCAACAUCUUUAAUUUCUCUUGCGGAACAACUAGAAAAAGGACCAAUUUUGGGAAGCAAUGCGAAUAA